CGCUGUGAUUCUGUUAUUACUCAACACAGAUUAAGCGGGCGGAGCUUGACAAGUUUUGACAGACCAUUUCUCUUUAGCUGUACGCAUGGGAACACAAGUUGGAAAUGGAGAAGUGCAGUGGUUAAUCAGACUACAGAGGGAAAACUGAAGCAGAAGCUCAGACCUCCCCUACGCUAAAAUGAGGUGAAGUUGACACACAGUGACAUGAUUCAGAGGAAUAUUAUUCAGGAGAAAGUAGAUUCAAUGUCCAGGCGAUCAGACGCAGCUGAGCACUCAUCUGAGGCGAGACGGUACAUGUUUAAGGGUGUAGGAACUGCAAGCAUUCACGCUAGGAACAUGCUAACUGAGAGUGAGCUCUCGGCUCUCAAUGAUCAACAACCAGACAACAACAACCCUAAGGGGAAAGCUGCUGUUUUCAGCCAGUUGUUUAAAAGAACUCCUAAAAAGUUGACGAGUCUUCCUGCACAAGAGGAUUGCUUCACUGCCACCACUGACAGUCUGUCCAACCAACACAGCAAUAAGGAAGAAGUAUCAUUACAACAUGGAGAACUCUCAGCCGGUAAUCUCAACCAAACAGAAAACAACAACACUAAGGAGGAAAAUUCCCCGUUUAAUUUUCUCCAAACAUUUCCUAGAGGAACUGAGGACACGUCUGGAGAGGACAGCCCACCAUUACACAUUAAACUGCUGGCCAGUAAUGACGAUCUCUUAUAUAUCUCUAAUAACUUAAAGGAUAACUCAGGGAAGCUUAGUGGAACUUUCCACAGUUCUCCAAAACCGGCAUUACGUUUCACUGCUGAGACGGAUCCACUAAGUGAGCACAGUAAAUGUAUUGACUGGGAUUAUAGCUUCUUGGACACUGGCACUGAAAAGAAAUCUAUUGCAGUGCCCAGAAAAUGCAUGGAAAAUAAUGAACUCUCUGACAGUAAUACCAAGGUUUUAUCAUUUAGAGUGAAGAGAACUCUACCCAGAAUGUCAACAUUUUCACCCAGUAUACAGUGUUCCGAUCAAAAAGAUAUAAUUGAGGUGCCGAUGGAAAUACAGCAUCUUCAGACAACUGAGGACUGUACAUUUGAAAUCCUGCCAGUGGAAAUGGCUGCCUAUCCAACAGAUUUAAAUUAUUUUGAGGCAGAUGAGGAUGAUGGCCUGAUGGACUGGUGGAAAACUGUUGAGGGUUGGACUGAAUGGAAUGAAACAGCAAAUUUUCAGGAGGAUAAGGAGGAGCUGGCUGUUGAGGCUGUUGCAGACCGUGUGUUUAUGGCAGCCCGUCUCUUUGUCAGUCUGUUCAACCAGCGUGGAGCCUCUCUGCAACGUCGCAUUGUAGAGUUGCUUGCACUAGCGGACACUGCUGACAGCUUCCAUAAGAAGACCGUGAGCGCAGCUGUCGGAGGGGGUGUGGCUUGUGUGGCUGGGGGCAUAGCCACCAUUACCGGCCUCAUAUUGGCACCCUUCACUUUUGGCACCUCUACUAUCGUUACUGCGGUGGGUAUCAGUGUGGCAACAGCUGGGAGCAUCACCUCAGCCACAGCUAACAUCACUGAUGCGGUUCAAUCCAAAAUGGACCGCAAGAAGGUGGAGAAGAUGAUCCAGGGCUACCAGGAUGAGAUCAAUGACAUCAGAGAUUGUCUGGAAUUCAUGCAAGAAGGAAUGAACACUCUGCAAGAAUGGGAUUUUAAGGAGUACUCUGAGAGUGUGGUCAACACGAGACUUAGCCGUAACAUAAAGCAUGUGAUGAAGGAAGGUGGGCGAGCAGGUAAAGCCCUCAUGAUUAACACUGAUAGGCUUAUCAGCACUGUGAAAGUUUUAGGUGUUGCUGGAGGAGCUGCCAAAGCCGCCAAGGCCAUCAGUAUCACCACAGGGGUCAUGUCCACUCUCUUUCUUGCCCUGGAUGUCUUUUUUCUUGCCAAAGACUCUAAUGAACUCCGCAAAGGUGCCAAGACCAAAUUUGCCUCCAAGAUCCGAGAAGUAUGCAAAGAGCUUCAACACGGCCUGCUGGAACUAAACAAAGUGAAGACUCAGCUACAAAAGACCAUGGAUGGAAUUGAAGUGGAAGAAUAUGAAGAAGAGGAGGAGGAUGAAGACAAAUGUGAGUCAGAUCCUAUUAAACUGGCUCUACUUGAGCAAGAACUUGAUCAUUUGGAGGCAAAACUUGACCAGAAAACUACACCGGAGCAAAUGAACAAAGAGACCACAAAAAAGAAAUGAGUAGUCAAAGAGCAAAAAGCAAUUAUAAAAACGAUAUUAAAAAAGUCUUAACAGUGAGCUAACAUAUGGAAACAACUAAAGCAGGAUGGUUGGCAAAUCAAAUUCAAACAUUUGAAAGGAAAAAGGAAGGAAAAGUGGAAAGAAACAAAAAUGAAGAGGAAUAAUGAAGUUUAUCUGGAGUGGAAAGAUUUAGAAUGAAGAAAAAGAAGACUUGGCACAGGGGUCUGAUCACAGAUUAUAAGAGGAACUGAACACAUCUGGGUUAAAGAGACAUAAAGGGGAUCAUUUAAGUGAACACAAGGAAGAUAAGAAGUAUAGAAACCCUCAUGUAUUCUUCAAGCAAACACAAAAAAGUGAUGGGAUACAGUAAUAUUGAG